CUCUCCACCCUUCUCCUCUCUGCAAUCUUCCUAUAUACCAUUCUACUGUUACUUCCUCUUCUCUCUUUCCUUCAAUACCCCUCUGCCUCUCUCGUUCUUCUCUUCCCCUGGUCCCUCUUCGCUCGUUGCUUUCGUGUUACUUGCACCCGCAGCCAUCAUGACUCAGCAGAAUGUGAUGGUUUCAGACGCAAAUCCUGGACUCAACAUGGCUAUUACUGCCGCUGUUUCCAACUCCUCCAUUUCCACGGCCUCGGCUCACAAACCCCCCGCCGUUCCCUCCGGUUAUAUUUCCAUUCCCAGGAGAAAGGUUCUCAAGAACCUUGAAAUCAAUGCCUGCUGGGUUGACUCCAUGAGAGCCUCUUCUCCCACCCAUUCCAAAUCCACUUCUCCUCUCGCCGAAGAACAUCGCUCUUGGAUUCUUUGCCACCCCUCCGCAUUAGACAUGUUCGAGCAAAUCGUCGAUGCCUCCAAGGGCAAGCAGAUCGUCGUGUUCCUGGAUUACGAUGGUACUCUCUCGCCUAUCGUCAACGACCCUGAUCGUGCUUUCAUGUCCGAUGAGAUGAGAAAAACAGUACGAAAAGUCGCGAGGUGUUUUCCCACUGCCAUAGUGAGCGGCAGAUGCAGAGACAAGGUAUAUAAUUUCGUUCGCCUGGCCGAGCUAUAUUAUGCGGGAAGCCAUGGCAUGGACAUCAAAGGCCCGACGAGAUGCUCCCAAUACAAUAAACAGGGAAGCAAAGCAGAGGCCAUUCUUUUUCAGCCUGCCAGUGAGUUUCUUCCCAUGAUAGAUGAGGUGUACCGAGCGUUAGUUGAAGAAACCAAAUCAACACCUGGCGCGAUGGUGGAGAACAACAAGUUCUGCGUCUCUGUUCACUAUCGUUGUGUUGACGAGAAGAAAUGGAGCGAACUGGCUCACCAAGUGAAAUCGGUGCUUAAGGAGUACCCGAAGCUUCGUCUCACCCAAGGAAGGAAGGUAUUUGAGAUUCGUCCCUCUAUUAAAUGGGACAAAGGGAAAGCCCUGGAAUUUCUGCUAGAGUCACUAGGAUUUGCCAAUUGUGCUGAUGUCUUCCCCGUCUACAUUGGUGAUGAUCGAACGGACGAAGAUGCCUUUAAGAAAUUGAGAGACAGGGGACAAGGUUUAGGCAUUCUCGUGUCAAAAUUUCCAAGGGACACUAUCGCAUCUUACUCUUUACAGGAGCCGGAGGAGGUGAAGGACUUUCUUGGACAUUUAGUGGAGUGGAAACAAGCAUCUCAGCGUGCAUGCUCCAAAGUGUAAAUGUGUACUCUAGAUGACUUGUACAUAUCCAUACCCUGCCAAUUAUAUUAAGCUCGGGGUAGGAUAUAUACGUAUAUUUUAUAUAGGGCCUUUUGUAAUUUUUGUUCGGUUUCGGAAGGAAAACACCAAAAAUGCAAGGAAAAAGAAUGACAAAAGUGUCGUUCUUAUUUCCCCAAACUCUGACUGCAUUGAUGUAACCAGUCGACCACAGAGCAAAUUUCUGUAGCUUCUGAUCAGGCGCAUGUAAAUGCAUUCAACUACUUCUGUUUUCCCUCUCCUAUCA